AUGAAUACACACACACACACACACACACACACACACACAGAUGGACAUCCCACUCCAAUUUCCCUCCUUUUUCAAAGCUAUGAGCUUUUGAGGGAGAAUAAAACCCCUAGGUUGCUAAAGGAAAGGGUUAUUACAGAGCAGGAUGGCGAGGGGCAAAACUCUGCUGCUCUUCCAUGGAUUUGUCCUGCUGGCUCUGUGUAGACCCUCACUUCAAGGAGGAGUCUACAUACCAGCUGCAGGAGGAGGAGGAGGAGGAGCUGGGCCUGGAAUAGGGGCUGGCAUUGGUCCUGGUUUUGGACAAGGUGCUGGAGCUGGACUUGGUACUGGAAUUAGACCUGGGGUAGGCGUAGGCACAGGACUUGGUCCUGGAGGUAUAGGGACCGGAGUCCUUCCAGGGAGUGGUCUUGGUGCUGGUCCUGGAGGUGCACUGGGAACUGGACCAGGAGUUGGCACCAGUCCUGGAGCAGGAGGUGGUAGGUUUCUUGGUUAUAAGCCAGGGAAGACAGCUGGUCCCGGUACAGCAGGGACUGCAUUUGGUACUGGUACUGGUGGGCCAGGACUUGGAACUGGACAAUUUGUUCCUGGUACUUAUACAGGAGGAGUAGGACCAGGUGGUUAUGGUACAGGUCCUGGAACAGGUGGACCAGUCACUGGUGGUCUUGGAACUGGUGGAAUAGGAGUUGGUGGCUUUGGCACUGGAGGACUUGGAGCAGGAGCUGCUGGCAAGCCUCCAAAAACAGGGGCAGGAUAUGGUGCUCAGGGACUUGGAACUGGUGCUCUUGGAGGUGGUGGACUAGGAGGACUUGUGCCUGGAGGUGCAGGGCCUGGUGCUGGAGGACUAGGUCUUGGUGCUGGGGUGCCUGGUACUCUUGGAGCAGGAUUUGGACCUGGAGGGAUUGGUCCAGGGGGUCUUGGAACUGGUGGUGUUGGGCCUGGUGGACUUGGAACUGGUGGUGUUGGCCCUGGUGGACUUGGACGAGGCAUCAGUGGGAAACCUCCAAAACUGGGAGGCUUAGGUGGACUUGGCACUGGACAGAGUGUUGGGAGUUUUGGACCAGGAGCAAGUGGUCUUGGAGGAGUCGGAACAGGAGUUGGACCAGGAGGAGUUGGUCCAGGAGGAGUUGGACCAGGAGGAGUUGGUCCAGGUGGUACUGGUCUAGGAGGAUUUGGUCCAGGAGGAGUCAGACCAGGAGGAGUUGGCCCAGCUGGAAUUGGUCCAGGAGUAGGAACAGGGGGUGUUAUUCCUGGAGGAGUUGGCUUAGGUUAUGGUCCUGGUGGAGUGGGAGUAGGAAUAUACGGCAGUGCUGGAGGUCUCUAUCCUGGUGCAGGACAGAAACCACCAAAAACAGGUCUUGGUGGAGCUGGAUUUGGUCCCGGUGGUGUAGGCGUCAGACCUGGUGGUGCAGGUUUCGGCCCUGGUGGAACUGGAGUAGGCCCUGGGGGAGCUGGAUUUGGCCCUGGUGGAACUGGAGUCGGUCCUGGUGGAGCUGGUUUUGGCCCUGGUGGAGCUGGAUUUGGCCCUGGUGGAACUGGAGUUGGUCCUGGUGGAGCUGGAGUUGGUCCUGGUGGAGCUGGAGUUGGUCCUGGUGGGGCUGGUUUUGGCCCUGGUGGAACUGGAGUUGGCCCUGGUGGAGCUGGUUUUGGCCCUGGUGGAGCUGGAGUUGGCCCUGGUGGAGCUGGAAUUGGUCCAGGUGGAGCUGGAUUUGGCCCUGGUGGAGCUGGAGUUGGUCCUGGUGGAGCUGGAGUUGGUCCGGGUGGAGCUGGAGUUGGUCCUGGUGGAGCACCUAUUUUGCCACAAACUGGAAUACCAAGUACUGGAACAGGCCCUGUGCGCAAAGCUGGCAAGAUAGGGAAGGCACCGGUACCAGGUAUUAGUGUUCCAGGGUUGUACCAGGGUGGUAUUGUUCCUGGACAAGGUUUCGGUGGCCAAGGAGUUCUGCCAGGUGUAGCAACAGGAUCUCAGACUGCUCAGCUUGGUCAAGGUGGACUUGGGGCCAACGGCGGUCGUGGGAGCUUUGCUGGACAACAGUUACCAGGAGUGUUUCGUGGAUACCCUCUCAUUUCACCCAAGUCUGGAGGACCGGGCUCAGCUAAGUCUCAAGCUAAAGCUGCUAAAUAUGCAGCUAGACUUGGUAUAGGAACUGGAGUGGGUGGUGUACCUGGUGCUGUUCCUGGAGCAGGUGGUGUUCCUGGUGCUGUUCCUGGAGCGGGAGGUGUACCUGGUGCUGGUGCUGUUCCUGGAGCAGGUGGUGUGCCUGGAGCAGGUGGUGUGCCUGGUGUUGUGCCUGGAGCAGGUGGUGUACCUGGUGUGCCUGGA